AUGCGUUCCUUCACUGUGGCCGCUGCCUUUGCAGCUCUGGCUGUAGCCAACCCUCUUCCUCAGGAGAUCGACUGGGCUGCCGUUGAUGCCCUUACUCCCAUUCCUACCGUCACUGUUCCUGUUGUCGACGUCAGUGCUCAGGCCAGCACUGUUACAUACGAGCCUUCCGCUGCUGCAACUUCUGUCGCUGCUGAGGUCAAGGCCUCUGGAGUUAGCUCCGUCCCUGCCGGUCUCAAGGCUCGCGCAGCUGUGACCUGCAAGCCUCAGCCUACUGGCGCUGGUCCAGUCCCUACACCUGAUACUCCUGAAGCUUUCCUGGCCUACAAUGACUUCUCGUCUACUGCCGUGAACGCAGACACCCCUUCGGGCUACUACAACACCUUCACUAACCUCAAUGCCUCCAACAACGCUUACGGGUACAUGGGAUACACUGUCCUGAACGAGUACUCGACUGAGACCUGUGCUGCUAAGUGCGAUGCCAUCAAGGGCUGUGCUGCUUUCAACAUCUACUUCGAGCGCGACCCGACUGUCAACNCGUUCUACCACCAACAUCAAGNNUGUGUCUUCUGGGGAGGCCCCGUCACCACCGACAAUGCAAAGAACGUCGGCCAAUGGCGCAAGAAUUUCCAUGUAGUCAUUGCUGGAUCCAACGGUUACGUCUCUAACAAGAUCGUUACUCCUCCUGGCUGCUCUACUCCCAUCUACCUUGUUNACCUCGGCGUCCGUAUCUUCCAAUCAGGACCCUUCGACAUCUCCAAGUGUGCCGCUGCCUGCACUGCCCAAGCCGACUACGCCAGAGCCCACCCUCCCUCCAACGGUGGCGAGAUCAAGACUUGCCAAUUCUACAACACUUACAUGUUGAUGAAGAACGGCGAGCCCGUCGGCCAGUACUGCGCUCUCUACGACCACAGCUGGCCCCAGAGCUACGCCACCAACUUUGGCCAGUACCGUGGAAGCGACAAGUACACCAUUGAGUGGUCGUACAUUUCGUCCAACGCUACCAACCCUGCUCCUGCUUGCCAGCCCAAGGCUUAA